AUGAUUCGGUAUAGACGUUACAGGGCCUUCAUUGCCUUCACUGUCAUUGCCAUCUUGGCCACAUAUUACUUUGUAGGAUAUGGCAGCAUAGACCUGCCUUCGGCCAUCGGCGCAGGCGCCCUGAAGCAGGCUGGCAAUGACGCUGCAGCUGCCGCCAGAGAGAAGGCUCAAGCUGGUCUUGACCUGAUCAAACCUGAUGAACCCACGAAAGAGGAUAUACUUGGAGCUCUGCCACCGCUUCCGACCACUAAAGCAGCUGCUUCUACCACUUCAAUUCUUGCUGAAGCGCCGAUACCCUUGACCCAGGAUGCGUCCACUUCGUCCUCUUUAUCUUCUUCCUCCUCGUUCUCAGCCGCCGCCGUCGUAACGCAGUCGCUCAGUCGAACUCAACCUCAAGAUGCUGCCGCCAUCUUACCUAUACACGAGUUGGACGAUAUGACCGAGAUUGGCGAAGGCAGGGUUGAGAUACCUCCAGUCAAACAAGGCAUGGUCAGUGUACCUGCCAUACACUGGUCUAAGAUGCCCGAGCAUUUCCCCAUCUCAUCAACCAUUCAACUACCCACCGGCACUCCCAAGGCUAUUCCUCGUAUCCAGCAUAAGUUCAAGAAAGAGUCGUCUGCUGAAAAGGCCGAUAGAGAACAGAAGCUGAACAUUAUUGGGNGCGCAGUCUCACAUGCUUGGAGCGGAUACAGAGAGAAAGCUUGGAUGAGAGAUGAAGUCCGACCUGUUUCAGGCGGAGCUCGCGAUCCUUUCUGUGGAUGGGCUGCCACUUUGGUUGAUGCAUUGGACACACUCUGGAUUGUUGGCCUCAAGGAUGAGUUUGAUGAGGCCGUCAAGGCAGUCGGCGAGAUUGACUUCACCACUUCUCAGAGGAAAGAUAUUCCUCUUUUCGAGACUACCAUCCGCUACCUUGGUGGUAUGCUCUCGGCUUAUGACCUAAGUGGUGGUCAAUACAGGAUUUUGCUGGACAAGGCGGUUGAGCUUGCUGAAGUUCUGAUAGGUGCUUUCGACACGCCCAACAGGAUGCCCGUCACUUUCUACCGCUGGAUGCCGACUUUCGCUUCUCAGCCUCAUCGCGCUGGUACACAUGUUGUCUUGGCUGAGAUCGGUUCUCUUUCCGUGGAGUUCACUCGUCUAGCACAGCUAACGAAGGAGCCUAAGUACUACGAUGCUAUUGAUCGCAUUACUGAUGCCUUCCUGGAGUGGCAGAACGCUUCUGGUUCCAAUGCGACAUAUAUGCCAGGUUUGUUCCCCGUUCACAUCGAUGCUUCUGGUUGCGAAAAACCUGCUCAGAUCAAGUCCACCUAUUCUCAUCCUGCUGGAAAGGNNGGUGGCGAUGUGGCAGUAGGUGAUGGCAAGCCAGUCAUCCCUCAACGUCCAGUGACUCAGGGUCAAGGCACACGCACUGGUCCUUCUACCGAGAAGGACGGUUCUUCUCAGCCUGUCAAUGCUGGUGGAUCACAGAUGGGCUCAUCUUCUGCCGGUGGAGUGAGCAAGAUUGUUGGUUGGGACGAUCCUUUGACCGAAGGCGAUCUUGAUAAUCGCCGGCCAAAGGACAAAUCCUCUCAGACCAACAAUGCUGGUAGUUCGCAAGUAGAUACGUCCUCUGCUGGGGGUGUGGGCAAGAUCAUUGGUUGGGAUAAACCUCUCACCGAAGGUGAUCUUGACAGCCCUCAGGCGAAGGCUGCCGUCCUUGACUCGAACAGUGCAGAACUCAACAAGCGCCAAUUAGGUGAUCUCGAGAACCAGAAAGAAAAGGCUGCAGAAGAUGUCUUCCAAAAAGAGACUCAGGCUAGGAUGCAUACUCUCCAACAAGAUGUAUGUGUUCCUCGUGGACUGGCUUCGAGCGGCUCUGGUGGCUCUGAGACAUUCACCAUUGGUGGCAUGGCCGACUCUUUGUACGAAUACUUCCCUAAGCAGUAUCUUCUGCUCGGUGGAUUGGAAAAGAAAUACCAAACUCUGUACGAGCAGUCUAUUGAUGCCGUCACCAAGCAUCUCUUGUUCCGACCCAUGACUCCUCAAAACGCAGACAUUCUGUUCGUAGGCGAAUAUAGCGCCCACGCACCCACCAAAGAAGGCGCUGUCGAGGGUUCCUUCAAACCGGAAGGUGCUCACCUUUCUUGCUUCGCUGGCGGCAUGUACGCUAUGGGCGCCAAAAUAUUUGGACGUGACGAAGAUCUCGAACUGGGUGCUAAGUUGACUGAAGGCUGCGUUUGGGCUUACAACGCCACAGCCACUGGCAUCAUGCCCGAACACUUUNUGAUCUCGCAGUGCAAGAGCAUGACAGACUGCAAGUGGAACGAGACCAAGUACUGGGAAGAAUUGGAUCCUUACGCCGAAGCUCGCACCAAAGUCAACCUCCCAACAUCAUUAGGAGGAUCUCGUAAUGCACCUCAAGUCAACAGGAGAGACCUUGAUGGCCCUGCUGCAACAGUCCCUCACGUCCCUGCUCCUGCAGUCCCCAACAGCGUUCCCGAACUCGACAUUGCUACAUCAGCAGAACAAGCUCUACACGAAUAUAUCCCUCCCACACCGCCCACCCACGAAGAAUUUGUCCUCGCACGUAUCUCUGAAGAACGCCUUCCCACCGGCAUGACACGCCUCCUCAGCCGCAAAUACAUCCUCCGCCCCGAAGCCAUCGAAUCAGUCUUUUACAUGUAUCGCAUCACCGGCUCACCUCAUUGGCGCGAAGUCGGCUGGCAAAUGUUCCUCGCAGUUCAGAAAUACACUUACGCAACAUAUGGCGCUUCUGCCAUUGACGAUGUGACGAAAUCUCUUCCUACCCAAGAGGACAGUGAAGAGAGUUUCUGGCUAGCAGAGACGUUGAAGUAUUUCUAUUUGCUUUUUGAAGAGGAGGGGGUUAUUAGUCUUGAUGAGUGGGUUUUGAAUACUGAGGCUCAUCCGUUUAGACGACCGGAUGCUGGUGGUGUUGCUUCUGCUUCUGCUGUUGAUGGGGUAGAAGAGGCAUGA